CGACUUGCGCGCACACAGCAGCGCACAAGCGGCGCUCGACUCUCGCGCAGAUCAUUGAGGACCGACUUCUCGGCUGCUGGGAAACUGCCCGGAAACUUAUCGACCCUCCGAUAAAACUAUCUCGGAUCAUAACGAAACGAUCUAAACAAACUCAGAGAUUUGUGGCUAUGGGAUUUCUUUCCAGAUGAAGUUUAACUUGAUUUCUUGCGUUUGUGACGUUAUGAGGCUGCUGUUGUAAACUUUAUAACGGACUUGCUUUUCCGCAUACUAACGUUACACGUUGAAAGGUUCAUCGUGAUCCAGAACUUCGUAGUAACGUCAGCUUAUAAACGAUUUUAUACUCAGGAACUAAGUGAAGCUUAUGAAUAAUUUAAAAUGUUAUGACCUCAUUUGAGAUGUUUAUGUUGACAUAAAAUCGAAACGAGUUCAUACUAAAACGUAUUAACAGUUAAAAUCAACAUAUGACAGGGUCUCACCUUGUUGAGAUGUCGACUAAAAGCCUAUGACAUGACACAGGAAUUGCCUGAUUCAUGUUGUAACACUUAAUGUUUCUUUAAUAACUUUACAGAGUUUCACUAAACAGCCUUAUCCAGGAUUUCUACAAUGCGCGACUCAUCUAUGAAUUUUAGUCUUUUACACAGGACUUGUUCUCUGGUGGUGCUUCUUUGUUUCCUGCACAUUUUUGUCACCGUGAUAUAUUAUGUUAAAAACUCAGAUUUAAGACAGAACUUCUUGCAAAACCAGCAAAACCCACAGAUCCACAGAAAACUGACCGAGCAGAGGGUCUCCACAGAGGAGCCCACACCACCAUCUGUUUCUAAUGUGACAGAGACUGUGAAGAAGCUGGAAACAUGUCCUGACAAUUCACCUCGACUGGUGGGUCCGCUCCGUAUCGAGUUUUCUGACCCUGUCACCUUGGAUCUCGUGAGAAGUGAGAAUCAAGUGCUGCAGCCGGGCGGCCGGUUCAAACCCAAAGACUGCAUCGCCCAGCAGAAAGUGGCCAUGAUCAUCCCCUUCAGGAACCGGGAUGAGCACCUAAAGUUCUGGCUCUAUUAUCUGCACCCCAUCCUACAGCGCCAGCAACUAGAUUACGGCGUUUAUGUCAUCAAUCAGGAUGGUGAUGUGACGUUCAACCGUGCCAAACUCCUCAACAUUGGUUACAAGGAGGCCAUGAAGGAGUAUGACUAUGACUGUUUUGUCUUCAGCGAUGUUGAUCUCAUUCCCAUGGAUGACCGCAACAUCUACAAGUGCUUCAAUCAACCCAGGCAUCUGUCUGUGUCGAUGGACAAGUUCGGCUUCAGGUUACCAUACACGCAGUACUUCGGUGGUGUGUCGUCUCUCAGCAAAGACCAGUAUCUCAAGAUCAACGGCUUUCCAAACAACUACUGGGGCUGGGGAGGAGAAGAUGACGACAUAUUUAACAGGAUCAGCUCUAAAGGGAUGUCCAUAUCAAGACCUGACGGCAUGAUUGGCAGAUGCAGAAUGAUCCGUCAUGAGAGGGACAAACAAAACGACGACAAUCCUCAGAGGUUUGACCGGAUAGCUCACACAAGGGACACAAUGGCAAAAGACGGAAUCAAUUCAUUAACAUAUGAAGUUGUUAAAGUGGAAAAGGAUCAGCUGUUCACCAAAAUCACAGUGAUGUUGGGAAACUGUGAUUUCUGCUUUUAGAGUUAACACUGCGCAAAGCAGCAACACUGGCUGUAGAAAACCAAAUGUGCCUUAUUAGAGACGUGUUUUAAAAAGGAAUUCUAUUUUUCUUAAUAACACUUCAGUGCUUUGAAUUGUUUUGCCAUCUUUGCACAUGUGAUGGUCAAAACGGGGAUCUGAACCUUUUUACCCAGAGUGUCAAUAAUGUUCAGCAGUAAAAUAGAGACUUUAAGGUUUAACUGCUGGACCGAACUUGUUAAGACACUUCUGUUGAAAGAAUAGACCUCUUGAGCCACUUGUUUUAAGCGGGACAUCAAAGUAAUGAAAAUGUUACCGUUUCGGGACAAGUGAAGAUUGUGAGAUGCUGUGCGUGGUAUUGUUUGUUGUUCUGAAAUCAUGCUAUGUGAGAAUAUUUGAUACAUUGAUUUUGCUGAUCUGAAAGGUAAGCAAUGCAAUAAAACUUUGAGCUGUGGAUAGUAUAUACAUGUAGGCAUAUACUAGCAUACCAACUUGCAUUUGGAUAUCUGUUCUUUUUGAUAUUAUCGAUUUUUUUCCAUUGCUGUACCAAGUAUUUGGGACUUACGGGGCCUUUUAAAUGACAUCUGUUUUGUUUGAGUUGAGAUGUCUGAAUGUACUGGUUUUGGGGUUUUUCUUCCUCCGUGUGCUUGAUGCAUAAUGGGCUAAUAAUUCUCUCUGCUGGAGCACUAAAGUGGCAGCCAUACAUCUUAAAUAAGUAGUUUUUUCUCAUCUGUUUAUGCUCUUAAUAUUGAGGUGUUAUAUUUGGGGUUUUGGAGGGAAAUCAAAUGUUUUUGAUUUCAGUCCUUUAUUGCACAAUGAAACCUUCAGGGGUUGCAUAAGGACGCAAAUAUAUUCAAGCUGUCUACUGUACUGUUGAAAUGAAGCCAUUGACAACUUUGGGAGCCUUUGUUGAUUAUGUAUUUUUUCUUUCGUGUAUAAUGUUUGUUUUUCACCUGCAACCAAAAAUGCAUUGGGCUUGAGGCAAGCGAAUGUCAUUUGUUUGCUUAAGCGCUUUUCUAGACGGCCGCUCAUCCGUACCCCAUGUACUGAGUGCUUAAGUCGUACAGCCAAAUGUGAGGGAAAAACCCAUAGAUUUUCUUUCCAGCUUAAGCUCUCUCAUGCCUUAUAAAAACUCUUGCACUAGGAAAGAAACCUACCUCUCCACACGGCACAACCUUGCAGACAGAAGAGAUUAGCGGCUCAAGUCAAACCAAAAUGCUUAGACAAGUAGUCUUUGGUGUUUUCUGCUUAUUCUUAUAGGUCAGUUAAAGCGAGGUUUAAAUCUUUAUGGACAAUGGUCUUUGUUUUAGAGCCAGCAAUUAACUAUGUUUUUAAGUUCAUAAUUUUUUUAAUGUAGUAGUCCUUUCAAAUUAACGUUGUUGACCUUUGUUCUCCAUUCAUUUCUUUAUCGUAUCUUUCAUUUUCAGUUUUUAAUUUUAAAGCUUUUGUUCCUCUGUUUUGUAAAUGUAAUGUGAUGAACCCAAUCAGAAAGAAUAAAAUUGUGUUUGAUUUGC